GAAAAACCAGAUAUGCUAAACAGUUUGAUAGAAAUUCAUAAUACAAGUGUAAGUGUGGAAUGCUACUGAUCGGAUUUCACGAUGGACUACAGAUUUGUUUCUGCUUUAUUUCUACUUUAUCAUACUAAAGAUGCUGAUGCAACCUGUGGAAGUUUAACUUACAAAGAACCUGCAAUACAAGGGAUGAAUGUUACACUUGUGUUCAGACCGGACCAUUUUCAAAGCGACAGGACUCCUAUUGUAAAAUACGACAUAACUGAAAAUGAUCGACAAUCAAGAGAAUUUCCAUUUGAUAUUCACGACAAGGUGUAUUACAUAUAUGUAGAUACAGCGAAGAACAUCCCUAGGUCUUCAGUUUUCUAUGUGGUUUACGAACAAUGCUUCUCAAGUUCGACGACUCUAAUAUUAAUGAAACUCGAAGAUUGUGGUUAUCUGUAUGUUCGAACCCAGCCGGUAAUCGCCGGGAGAAAUUUGGAUCUAGGGUACUUUCCAGCUCCUGCGGUGAUUAGUUUAAAAGAUUUGUAUUGCCGUAAAUGGUUUAAUGUAACAUCACAGACGGUGAUGUCCUUGUCCGAUGGUCUUUUGUCCGAGACAGAUUUAACCAACAAGGAGUUCGUUCUGACAAUUCACAACGUAACUAGUUCUGGCCGAUUCAGUGUUAAGUGUACAGAAGGAAGAGAUAAAGACAAAUAUACAAAUAUUGUCGACGUCAGUGUAAUAGUUCCUCCUGGAAGGCCGUCUUUACAUUCGAAUGUCCACGUUGACGCCUGCUUGGACUGUUUAGUUGCAAAGGCUGAAAGAAAUCUUGGAAAAUUUAUAUCUUGUAACACAACCGGCGGAGCGACUCUGAAUGUACAUCUAUAUAUUGAAAAAAAUAAUAGGCGUGGACAACUGUCUGUUAAUCAAAGCAAAGAUUCCAAUCGGUAUGUUCCAAAUUAUACAGUUAAAAGCGAAGAUCACAUGACAAGAGUGGUAUGCAGUGUUGAAAAUGCAGCUGUAGAUACGCCGCUAAUUACUUCGGCCAUACUUUAUGUUGCAGUUAAGCCCCAAAAGCCAGUACUCCAUGUUCCUACGCUUAAGGAGGGUGAGCCAACCAACAUCACGUGUAUUUCAAAGGGAGGGCGGCCAACAUCUAGAUUAAGUAUUAUGAUUGAAGGAAGGAAUAUGUCUGGAUCCUCAGAGACUAUAUCAGUUAAUGACACAACAACUAACACAAAUACUAUUCAGAUGACACUGAAUGUAAAUGCGAAGAGAGAAUGGAAUUCAAAAUAUAUUAUUUGCACACAAAAGACGGACAUCUUCAGUGACAAUGAAUCAGACAGAAAAUUAAUAAAAUGUAAAUAUCCUCCAUCAACACUGUUUAUGGAAAAACCACGUCCAGCACGUGAACUUAAAGAAGCGUACUUACUAACAUUAAGAUCCAAUAUUUCGGACUUCAAUGAUAACUGCAGCUUAAAUUGGAAUUGGGACAAGUCGAAGCUGGACGGUAGGAAAGAACAAACGAACGGGCUUGCCACAUUAGUUGUGAAUGCAACGAAGGAAGACAACGAAAACACUUUAAUAUGCAGUGUGCAUUGUACCAGCUUUCAAAUAAAUCUCUCGGAUUCUUAUACAAUACGUGUGCCAUUUGCUCCCAUUGUGACUCUUUCAAGUGAGCAGAAAAUAGUGUUAUCUGAAGGAGAAAAGCAACACGUCACUUGCACAGUAAAGAGUUAUCCUAUGUCUGAUAUACUUUGGACUUCGGGUGGCACGAAGCGAAUGCAAACUUGCAAACAAACCAACAAAUGUAUAGUUACGCUUGAACACAUUGCGGUAGAUGAGCAACGAAACUACACGUGCACAGCCAAACACUUAUUUAAGAAUGUCAGCAAAUAUGUACUUGUAACUGGCAAAGCGAAGCAAGAAACAAGAAAUACCAGUAUUACAAGUGGAAUAGUUGCUGGUUUUGGAGGACUUGUGCUGCUAACGGCAACAGUGGUGCUUACGAUUUAUCUCAGAAAAAGAAAGAAGCGUGCUAAAAGGCCUGGUCGACAAAAUGAUACAAACGUUCUGCAACAUGUUACCCGUGAGGCUGAUUCGACUCCGAGAGAAGAAGUAACUUACGCUGAAGUAGUGAAGCCUCGUACUCUUAUGACAAACAGAAAAAAAGCAGUAACAAAGACGAAGGAGAAAACAACGGACACAUUGAUCUACGCUGACAUUGACAUUGAACACUUGAAAGCGGCACGCACAGCAGUGACUAAGCGAACGCCAUCGGCACCUACGGAGUACUCGGAAAUCCGGUUUGCAACGAGAUCAACACCUGCGCGACAGGAAAAUAUUUAUGCAAAUUAAUUUGCAAUGUCCAAGAAGAAUUACUGUCCAUGCCAAUGACUACAAAUUUAAUGGACGAUGUGUUGCCUAUUUAUGUUUGUAGAUGUUAACUUAUACAAAUCACCAUCCGUUGUUUGUCUAAGGGACGUUCACAUAGCUUGACACCAACAUGAAAUAUCCAUCAAAUUAUCAUGGACUACCAUAAAAUUAAUACAUUCAACUCAUUCCUUUCAUAAGUAUAUUGUCUUUGGCCAUUAUCAUUAUCACAUCAAACUUAAACAGCAUCAAUCGGAAAUCAUGUUCUUAAUUAUUGAAUUAUUUUAUGUUAUUGUAAUAACGCAUGCAUUUACUACCACAAACGACAUGUACUACUUGCAUUAUCUGGUCAGAAAACCAUCACCUUCACAGAAGUUGCUUUUGCCUGUCCAUAAAAGAGUCCAUUGAAACAAAUUGUAUUAUAUUUCAUUAAAACAUUUGAUGUAUGCCACUUUCACAUAACAUGUUCACGUAGUGCGGAUGUGUAAUGUUUGCCUAUUUCACAUAAUAUUUUCACAUAUUGCGUAUGUUCGAUGUUUGCUAUUCUAACAUAACAUUUUCACAUAUUGCGCGUGAUCAAAGUAUGCCCAUGUGUUCAUGUGCGUAUUCAUUAAAGACGUUUAGCCUUGCCAUGGUUGACAUACUUUGACAUUAUUUUCCAGUAUGUUGAUACUUUUAAACACACGAUUUCUGUAAGUAAAAAAAACCAAUCUGGUAGAAAAAGACGUUGAUUCGCGCCAUGUGGUUAUUUCGAUAUUGUUUAAAAAAAAUUCUUUAGAUGAUGUAACUAGAAGUUAUACAUGGCGCACUAAGCACCAGAGUGUAUCACGAGACAUAGUCAAGCACACUUUCUAAUUAUCACGAAACGGCUCCUUUCUCGCUAUUUUUUCCACUUAAUUAUUUAUGUUUUCUAUUUUUUUGUAAGUUUAUUAUAUAAUACAUAACAUCCACUCUAAUUGUGUUUCUAUCAGCUUCAGGCUGGACGACGAUGAGCAAACUUACUUUCAGAGUAAAAUUAGUUUAAAGAGGCAGCAUACAUGAAAUUCAUGUUUCCAUCAAUUCCUCCUUUUGACCACUAGCUUUAUGUAAAUAUCCGAAUCCGUCAUAAACGAGUCACUGACACCCUAUUCAUGUCUUCGUGUUUUUUUAUGUUUACAUUUCUUUUUUACAUCUCGAAGAAUAUUACACAGCAUGUAUAUUUUUGUUAUUGCUUUAUUAUAUUUAAAUUGUUUUUUCCUCCUAGUUUGUUCAAUGAUACUUUAAUUAUUAGACUAAGUAAAGGCAUAAUUUUAAACCUUGUUAAGGAGACCUAUGUAUGAUAGUUGUUUGAAGAGUGCUGUUGCUCCGGCUUGACUCCUUCGUUAACAGGUGAUGUUGGUAUCCGGUCGUUGAGUAUUUAAAGUUAAUUUAUCAGUUUAAAUUUUAUUUUUUGCUUUAUUUUUAUUGUUUGCAAAUUGAUUCGAGCUCUGAUGAGUCUUAUAUUUUUAACUCAGUUAAUAUUGAAAAAUGAUUGGCCAAUGUGAGGUUAUGGCCAUGCAUACUUGUUUAUGCCCCCAGCGGACACGGGUUACAGUAAACUUUUGUUUCAUUGACCGUUCGGAGGCGGUCAUUUCAUCAUUUAACGGUAAAGCUAUUUUGAUAAGGGAGUUGCUUGUUUGUAUGUAUGUGCACAGAAUGUAAUGAAACACAAAUAUUCGCCG